UGUUCAUCCUCCUCAAACAAGGGAUCAGCUCUGGACUUUGUCGCGUGUCCUCAGCCCCUCAUACCGACAGCAUUACUGCAACGGGAAAUGUCCUCUACCAGCGGAUACAAGGGCCGAAAGUCGCACAGUUUCGCACGAGACAUCCAGACCAGGACGUCCGCCGACUCAGUUGCACCUAGCCAGAAGGCGCGUCAGGGUGAACGUCUGGCGGACAGGAUGAAGGCGAUGUGCCUAGGUGGUCAGAAAGCCUCACCAGAGGCGCUUACCACGAGCCACAACAAUGGGGACAACCGGGUCAUACGGACGGCUUCCAACGAGCACUUUGACCCCGGGACCCCUCGCACCACAGUUUGGCGCUCAAAACUGUUUGCGCAGGCCACACCGGGGAUGGUGGAUGACAUGAAACAGGAGAUGCCAUAUCUACAACGACAUCGUCAAAGUCACGCGUCGACCAUGUUUCUGCAGGAUAUAUCCGAUCGUUCUGACACUGCGGCCUCCAGUGGGCAGGAAGAAGCAGUGCACGGAGGCAGAGUGGGACAGGACAUGCCAUCAAGAGGAUUAAAGAUGAAAGACUCCCUAUCAAUAAACUUUGGUAUGACUUCCAUAAUCAAAGCCCGACGUACUCGCAACCAGGGCCACACCAGCGAGCAUAUGAGGUCAAGAGGCAGCAACAUCAGCAGUGCCAGCAGCGUUGACAGCGUUACGCCACCACCACCGGCCGCAAAUGCAGUUGAAUAUGGCAAAUGGUUUGAUUUCAAUGACAACGUCGUCACCGAAGUCGAUGUUACUGCUUUUAGUGGCGUCUUCCAGGGUCCAGAGUGCGCGUACAUGCUAUUUUAUAAGGUAAAUCCGAACCCAGUUUAA